CACACUCGAGCUGGUUUCUCCAAAAUUACCUACCCCACCUUUAAGUACAGUAAUUGAGUACAUGUACCUCGUCCUUUCUGACCACGCCCAGCACCCGUACCGUAAUUACACGAAUAGACGCACGCGAGUGUUUUUAAUAGGUUUUUAUGGUUUUUGCAAACUAUAAACCGUUCUGCCUCAUUACUGCAGGACAAAAUAGCAAAAACGGUGUAAACCUUCUGCUCACAACAGGUCAGUGAAAACGUUACAGAAUGCUCUAAACGCAGUAAUUACAUCGACUGUAGUCACUGUAUUUGCUUGAAAAUGAAUGUGGGAACUUCGAGGGGUGUGUGAAUGACCCCCCAGCUCACCUUUCCCCACAUUGGCGCCGGGCCCGUCCUGUGUGCUGCAGCCAGUAGACUUGUAGAGACGAGCCCGACACCAAGCGCCAGGCAACUCGGCCAGCAGGAAGAGCUGUGUGAUCCUUGCUCACCUGUUCAAUUCCCAGUAGGAUAAUGCUCUUGGAUUAAACGCUGCAAGGCUGAACCCCCGGAGACCACAAACAGCUGUUUGGCUUCUGGAAUCACCGAGCGAGUGAGAAUGAAUGAGGCCAUUGGAGUACAGAGCAUCCGAGAAGCGCUCACAAGGUACAAUGAAGAGGAAGAGAGCCAGGAAGGGGAGGCAACAGAAGAUGAGGAGCCCAGAGCCUGCGGGGUGUGUGGAGAUCUGGCCAAGGGUUACCACUUUAAUGCUUUGACAUGUGAAGGCUGCAAGGGCUUCUUCAGACGUGCCAUAAAGAGGUCAACGCAGCUCCGCUGUAGGUUCCAGAACAAAUGCAGCAUAACCAAAAACAACCGACGGUCGUGUCAAGCCUGCCGCUUCCGUAAAUGCCAGGCCAUAGGCAUGCGCCAAGAGAUGGUCAUGUCUGAGAAGGAAGUAAAGGAGAGGAGGACCCGCAUCCAGACGAGGAAGAGGCUGGAUGCACCAGUGGAGCUUUCCUCCCAACAAGAGGAAACCAUUAAGGAGCUUCUCUGCAGCCACCGACGAUCAUUCGACUCAGCAUUUUAUCGCUUCAGUGGCUUUAGGCCUAUGGACAGAAACGCCCUUCCUGUUGGUGAGGACCAGUCUGAAAGCGAGCUGUGCCCCCUCUCCUCCACCAGUGUCUCUGGUUCCUUUGAAACAGCAGAAAACCAAGAGCAUGAAGAGGCCGGGAAAAAAGGCAGUGUUUUCACUGCUCUUCCACACGUGGCUGACCUGACCACUUACAUGAUUCAGGACAUCAUUACUUUCUCUAAAAGUCUUCGGGACUUCCAAUCUCUGAACAUGGAUGAUCAAAUUUCUCUGUUAAAGGGAGCCACAUUUGAAAUAAUGCAGAUACGCUUCAACAUGGUGUUUAACACAAAAACAGGAAUCUGGGAAUGUGGCCAUAUAACUUACUGCAUAAAUGACGCUGUACGAGCGGGUUUCCAGCCACUUCUGCUGGAGCCUCUGCUUAAAUUUCACCACACGCUGCGCAACCUGUGCCUGCAGGAGGAAGAGUACGCCCUCAUGCAGGCCAUGUCCCUGUUUUCUCCAGACCGUCCAGGUGUGCAGCAGCACCGUGUGAUUGACGAGCUUCAUGAGAACUUGGCGUUGACUCUAAAGUCCUGGAUUGACUGCAAGAGGACAGGACCAGGGAAACACCUGCUGUACCCCAAAGUGAUGUCCUGCCUCACUGAGAUGAGAACAAUGAAUGAGGAGUACAGCAAACAGGUUUUGCAGAUUCAGGACAUCCAGCCGGACAUUAUCUCGCCUCUCAUAAUGGAGAUGGUCAGUAAAAACCCCUGUGGUAACUUCUGAUAGCGACAUCUACUGUUCAUAGCCGGGACCAGCUCAAUGUGCUCAUUGGUUUGAAGAAGCCUUCUGUUUUUUUUUAUGUUGUUAAAUGUGUCCAAAUACAAAAAAAUGCACUUACAUCAUGUGAUAGUCCAAAGCACAAAAUCCAGAUGAAGAUAAUCAAGUCCUGCUGAAAUAUAACACUAUCAACUUUCAAGUAAGCUAUGAAUAAGAAGGACACAAUUAAGUUUCAGGGGUUACAGUGGCAGUGGAUUCUGGUAGAUUUAACAUUUGUGUCAUUUGUUUUACCUACAUUAAGUUCACUUUGUGUGUCUGAAUGAAUGCUGACAUAACGUUUUUUUAAGAGAAUUGUGAGAGAAGAUGAACUUUGUAUUUUCUCAGAGAACGGUCAUAUAUAAAUAUAUAUAUAUUUGUUACCUCAGAUUCAUGUUUAGUGUUUGAUGCAUUCAUGUGAAACAAGAAGGCUCUACACAUAUUGUAAAUACAAAUGCUCUGGGGCCUAGGGCCAUAAACAUCAUACAUGUAAGCUAAACACUGCCCCACUGUGGUCAUUCUGUCUAAAGAUAAAACGUUGGUCGGGAAAUCUGGGCUAGUCAAAGAAGUAGGACCUAAACCAGAGGGCACAACCUUGCAAUUAAAAUAUUCUAUGUUAAGAUGUACUGUUAAUUUAUAAUCAUUAAAUGGGCUGCUGCUGUUUUUCAUUGUCAA